ACCUAGGCCUAUUGUAAAGUACAAUUAACCAUAACAUGAUACAGACGCAUUUAGAAUAUAAUAGCCAACCAUUUUAGACGUAUAGAGGUUGUAUUUGAAAGGAUAUAUUCGUCGUUUACGGAAUCAGUUCUUUUCUGAAAUACUGAAGAGAGACACAUUGAGGUUACAGCGCACCUUUCAGGAAGAGUUAGAGCAGGGAGGCGCGUGACAGGCGGCGCGCGCUCACGCACCGGUCACUUGUGUUGUGUCAAAAGCACGUUCAAGUGUGGCUUUGCGCUUUUGCGGUUUCUCGAACAGGAACUGGAACCAUUAACGGGAUUAUACAUAUUGAACUACUUCGGUUUCAUGGAAUUAAUGGAUUUAAGCGCUUAAGUGACCUGAUCACGUAUUGGGUUUCCAUGUGAUGUUUCUGCCUUUCAGGAUGGCUUAUAUACGACGUACACGUGCUGCUCAAAAACAGGCAUCUACUUUAUGUAUCAUUGGACCGUAAAAACAACAAAUUGAAACCUUAUGUGCUAAAUAUUUAACCAUAUUUUUGUAAUAAUAAUAGAAAUAAAUAAAUGAAUAAAUAAGCUAAACCUAAAGGCAAAUCCAAAUUUUAAUGAGCAGAGAAGAUCAUGACUGUGUGAAUCCAGAUUAUAACACGUUUCUGGGAGCUGGACAAAGCCAUGGGCAAGGAGCAGGAUCUUCUUCUGGCUGUGAAGAAUGGAGACCUUCCCUUAGCUCAUAAACUUCUGGCCAAAAUCAAGACCAACAGAAACAAGUUACUGGGCUCCACAAAGAGGCUUAAUGUGAAUUACCAAGACCAAGAUGGAUUUUCUGCUCUUCAUCAUGCGGCACUCACUGGCACUACUGACCUUUUGUCUCUCCUUUUGGAAGCACAGGCCACCGUGGACAUUAAAGACAGUAAUGGUAUGCGUCCAUUGCACUAUGCUGCUUGGCAGGGGAAGGCUGACUCUGUGCUUCUGCUGCUGAGAGCCGGAGCGUCUGUGAAUGGAGCUUCACAUGAUGGACAGAUCCCCCUCCACCUGGCGGCACAGUACGGACACUAUGAUGUGUCUGAAAUGCUGCUACAGCAUCAGUCCAACCCCUGUACUGUCAAUAAGGUGAAGAAGACCCCUUUAGACCUGGCCUGCGAGUUCGGCAGACUCAAGGUGACCCAGCUGUUGUUGAACAGUAACAUGGUGGUGGCUCUUUUAGAAGGGAACGGCAGGGAUAACACCCCUCUGCAUCUUGCUGCUCGGAACGGCCACAAGGACAUCAUCAGACUGCUGCUAAAAGCUGGGAUUGACAUCAACAGAACCACUAAAUCCGGGACGGCUCUGCACGAGGCUGCCCUCUACGGGAAAACAGAAGUAGUAAAAUUAUUGCUUGACGCUGGGAUUGAUGUGAACAUCCGCAACACCUACAAUCAAACAGCUCUGGACAUUGUGAACCAGUUCACUACUUCACAUGCCAGCAAAGAAAUCAAACAACUCCUCAGAGACGCCAGUGGAGCAUUACAGGUGAGAGCUUUGAAGGACUACUGGAAUCUCCACGACCCCACUGCUCUCAACAUCCGAGCAGGAGAUGUAAUCACGGUCUUGGAGCAACACAUGGAUGGACGAUGGAAAGGACACAUCCAUGACAGUCAAAGGGGCACUGACCGUGUGGGAUUCUUCCCUCCUUCCAUCGUGGAGGUUAUUAGUCGCAGAUCAGGGGGCGUUCUCUCCCGACAGGCCUCACUGCCCGUCCAGAGACAUCACAUACUGUCCAGAGCCCUGCCCUCACACAAUUCUCAUCACACUUCUCACACUGACGACUCCUACACCUUAUACUCAUCCACCCAUCCUACCCUGACUCACCACAACGGCCUGGAUCAGCACUCAGGUGCACUUCCCGACAGUCCCAGUGCCCUGUGUAAACCAGCUAGUCCCAAAGAGACAGAGGAUAUUUGGGUCCUCAGGACCUAUCUCAAUGCAGGUGACAGGAACAGCAUUGGAAGUGCAGGCAGUUUGGGCAGCAGUCGCAGUGCUGGCAGUGGACAGAGCACUGAGGGAAACUUUCCACAUAAUGGACCCCAUCAGUCACCUGCUGCUGUCCAGGACAACAGCAAGAUGCCUCCCUCUGCUGGAGAACUGCUGGAACAGACCCAGGAUCCCACAAAACACAUGGACCCUCAUUCAGGUGCUCUUGGACGGAGGAUUCCUCUGAGCAGCUCUAGACCUGGAGAACAACAUGUCAUCCAUCAACAGCUGCUUCUAGAUGGCAGGGAUGCCGAGGCUAUUUACCAGUGGCUGUGUGAGUUUCAGCUGGAGCAGUACACAUCUAAUUUCCUCACAGCUGGUUAUGAUGUGCCCACAAUCAGCAGAAUGACCCCCGAGGAUCUCACCGCUAUUGGUGUUACAAAGCCUGGUCACCGCAAGAAGAUCUCCAUGGAAAUUGGCAACUUGAAUAUACCGGAGUGGUUGCCAGAUUACAUUCCGUCUGAUAUUGGGAAAUGGCUCAGUGCUAUUGGGCUGCCGCAAUACCAGAAAAAACUAGCGGAGAAUGGCUACGACUCCAUCAGCAUAGUGCAGGAUAUCACAUGGGAAGAUCUGCAGGAAAUUGGCAUCACUAAGCUGGGUCACCAGAAGAAGCUGAUGCUGGCAGUUAAGCGGCUCAGUGAUGUACAGAAGGCCCGUAAGACCCAGGCCGAGGGUCAGGCAUUGCUCCAGCACAGAAGAGCUCCUCCUGCCCUUGAGCUGGUGGCCAUUGAGCAUCAUGACAGCUCCGACUGCCCCUCAUCACCUUUGUCACCAAAGAUGCUCACGUUUCAGGACAGCGAGCUGAGCGUGGAGCUGCAAAACGCCAUGGCGCGUAGCGGAUACUCUGGAGGACACGACGGUCUCAGCAUGAGCGGAACAGCCAUGCGUCUUAGUCAAGAGAGCAUCGGGACACGAUCAGGAGGGUCAGGACGCUCGCAAGAACGCCCGAUGGCAUCAGUGACCCCUCACAGCAGGUCACAAGAGAGCCUGGAUAGUUCAGACAGCAGUCCCAGCAAGGAACAUUAUGCCAUUAGGGAAUCUCAGGAUAAAAACCAAAUAUCGCCUGUCAGAAUGGCCCCAGUUUUGCCGCUACAACCUCAUCCAAACUCUUCCAGCAGCAGUCCGUCAAGAACCCCACCCAUAUUGACAGGUAAAACAACACGUUUCGCAUAUCCGCCAAAUCAUACCCAAUCUAGACCAGUGGUUUCUCCAUCCCAACCCCAUCAAGGAUCACCCCUCCAGAGGGGCUUCAGCUACCUGCAGCAUCAAAACUGCGACGCUAACAAGCAAAAAAACACCGGUCCAGUCAGAGCCGCGCAGCCAAACGAAGACACAUCACGCUCCACUAAAAAGCGAACUCAGAGUCUUUCCCGCUACGCCAUGUCGGAUGGAGAGAAUGAAGAUGAUGAUGUCUCAGCUCCUACCAUCACGUCUGCCAAUGUGGCUUCUUAUGCCACACUCACUCGCAAACCCGGUCGCAGCCAGCCAUCUUUCACCUCCAGUGAUCGCCAAGUGGGCCGCAGUCAUUCCUUUGCCAUCCGUGCCAAGAGGAAAGGUCCACCGCCUCCCCCUCCAAAACGGCUAAGCUCUGCCCCAAGUGGAGUAACUUCAAGUGGGGUUGAAACAGAGAGUGCUGGGAGUGUCCGAAGCAUUGCAGCUCGACUGGAGAGCAGUACAGGAAGCCCCAGUAAGACAUGCAACAGCCCUGUUUUUAAAGCCAUGUCUCCAGCUACUCCUCCAAAAAAUACAGAGAACCGUAGGAGGACCACUAGCGACUGCUCUACAUAUGAAACGAAGCAAAAUGUUGCAGAUCAAAAUGUCAGCCCUUUGAGGAACCAACAAGGUUCCGGUUCUUCGCAGGAGAGCAUACCUUUUGCAGAAGAGGGCAAAGUUACUAUUAAGCAACGGACCAAAUUAGCAUCCCCUAAGAGCGAGGCCGAGGCUGCUGUUGAUAUUCUGAAGCCAGCACAAUCGAUCAAAUCAUCCCUAGAGGUGCCCGAGUUUAACUUAAAGGAAUCGGAUACGGUCAAAAGGAGAUAUAAGCCAAAAGAGCUGCAGAUGAAAGGUCAAGGCACCAGCGCACAAAUAGGAAAUGAGAGGACCACAGAGACUGAGAUGGUCUUGCAGUGCAUGCAGAAUGGCGGAUUGAGGAAAAAUCCUCUUAAAGCUGGCCUCGCUCCCAAACCGGGCUCUCCGCAUAAACCUCCCACCCCUUCUAAGCCCACACGCCAUUCCACUGCAGCCAUCUCAGGAGUGUCAGUGAGUGUUGUCCAGAGCGUGGCGUUCGCUGUUUCUCCUCCAUGCAGUCCACUGACUCGCUGUCCCCCAAACACAACACCUCAAGGUCAGUCAGCGCUGACAGCUGAAGGCCAGAAUGUGCUGGUUCACAAACGACUUGAGCAAACCAGCACGUCUCUACAAGCAGCCCUUCAAGUUGUGGAGAGGAAACUGGCUCAGGACGACCCAGCAAGCAGGGGCAUUAACACGGUGAAGUCAGCGGGGAAUAUUCUUGAUGAUAUAGGGAACAUGUUCGAUGAUCUUGCUGACCAGCUGGAUGCCAUGUUGGAUUGACCUCCUGUAAUUCCUCAAAGCAUUACGCGGGGCCUUCACAUGGAAGCUUCUGGACGCUUUAAACACUCACUUUUCAUACUCUGUUUACAUCAUUCUUCAGAAAUGAAUCAAACGAAUCAAUUACCUGCAAUGAAUCUUUUGAUGCCUCAGAUCCUCCUGUGGAUGUUCACUAAACUUUUAUUUCUUACCAAACAGUUUCUGCGUCUUCAUCUGGCUCUUGACAGGAAGGAUUGCAGAAUGUAAGCACUUACUUUUCAGAUCUUCUGGACUCCAACAGAGAUGCUUUUAAUUUCCUGUUGUGCUCAGAUCAAGCCUCGCAGUUGGCCUCCAGCAGAUGGAUAUACGGUGUAAAAUCGCCGUGUUCUGAGAUUCACCGAUCUUCACUUUUGUUUUCCGCAUCCUUUAUUCUCUGUUCAAGCAAUAACACAGAUGAUCAAAAACAACAAAACUCUGUUCAUUAUUUGUGUAAUGACCCAAAACCUCACGGACCAAGUAUGUUUGAUUCAUGUCCUGCCAACAGAUUCAGUGUUGUACAGUAUUGUUGCUCUGUUUAUUGUAUGUUUCAAAGGUUACAUAAUUCAACUAGAGCUUAACAUGUUAAGAAAAGUCUUAUUUUUCUUGACAUAUUAAUAGAGGAAUAGUAUAUUUUGGUGAGCGGUCUGUUUUGGAAAAGAAAUCACAUUGUAUGGAUUACAUCUAUUAUAUAUUUUUGUAUCAAAAUGAUAAUUUAUUUGACUUGGUUCAGGUUAAAAAGGACAAUCGCUCUUUGUGAAUGCUGUCGUUCUCGAUAAAACCAGGCAAGCAAAAAUAGAAACUGUUGCAAAGCACUAUAUUUUUAGGCUCGACUGUCCAAAGGGAACUAUCAUUUUAAUAAACCCGUGUGGUUUAAACCAGUGCCAGUUCUUGACGUCUGGGGGCUCUAUGGAAACCCCGCCGGCCCACAAACACAGCAUAACAUUCUCAGUAUGAGUUAAAUAUACAGUGAUUAUUGGUAAAGUUACUGUAGUUAUUUGUUGUUGUCUUUUAAAUGACAGUGUCACUUUAAAGCGGCAUGAACAGAUGUUAUCUGGUAACUUUCCUACCUGUUCAUUUAAAUUUUGCUGUGUUUAAAUGGAAUGUCUGCUCAAAAAUGAACAUUUACUCACUUUAAGAUGGUUUCUUUUUUUGUUGUUGAGCACAAAAGAAAAGCUAUUUUGAGGAAUGUUGGAAACUGGUAUCCAUUUACAUGCAUACAUAAGGCAAGAAAAUGCUAUUAUUUUCUUUGAUAUAUCUUUUUUGUGAUAAAUGGCACUGGAAAGAAAUGUUUGGAACAAGUAGUGGGUGAGUAAAUGAUGAAAGAACUAUUCAUUUACCUUAAACUACAGACAGUUUUGUGUGCAUUUGUCUGCAUAUUAGUUUUCUUUGAUUGUGGACAUGUA